CUCCACUCCACUGUACUCCCCUCUCCUCCACCUACGCUGCUGCAGCUCCCAACGCCGGCGUCCGAGCUCCUCCACCACCCGGCAGCUACUUUUGCUACAGUGCAUUCGAGCUCUCGCGCCUCACACGAGCACAGAGUGGUCGCGUCGCUCUCGGCGGGGCAUGGGGAAAAUACGGCGGCCGGCCAAGGGGCCACCGGAAGCCGUGGGAGUCAAGGACGCCCAAGGGGUUGCUGUGGGGAAGAUGUGGCGGCCACGCCGACCUGCCAAGGCGCCACUAAAAGCGGCGGGAGUUGAAGACCCCAAAGGGGACGCCGUCGACGGUGAGGUCGAGGCGUCGGUGCCAGGAGCUCCGGUGGUCGCGGCCGCCAGGGAGAAGGGGCCACUUGAGGAUGGGGCUGCGGUGUGCCGGAUAGAAGCUCUCCAUGGGGCUCCGGUUAUCGCCACCACAGGACAGGAACCCGAAGCGGUUGGAGUGAAGGACGCCCAAGGGGUUGCCAUGCGGAAAAUGUGGCGGCCACGGCGACCGGCGAAGGCACCACUGAAAGCGGUGCGAGUGAAAGACGCCCAAGGGGAGGUCGAGGCCUCGGUGCUAGGGGCUCCGAUGGUCACGACGGCCAGGGGCGGGGAGAAGGGGCCACUAGAGGAUGAGACUGCGGUGUGCCAAAUAGAAGCUCUCCAUGGGGCUCCAGUUAUCACCACAACACCACAGGAGCAGGAAGAGGUUGCGGUGAAGGACCCUGAAGAGGUUGCCAUGCGGAAAAUGUGGCGGCCACGGCGACCGGCGAAGGCGCCACUGAAAGCGCGGCCAGGGGCGGGGAGAAGGGGCCACUAG